UGAGCACACGCACAGGAAGCCAGUGCUACACACGUGAAAAAAUUAGGAAAACAGAUAGCUGACACAAGAUGGACAUCACAGAGGUCCCCGUUAGUCAGGACAACAAAGGUAAGAAAAAGAAGAAUAAGACGCCAAAGAAGAAGAAGAGUGUGAGUCAGGAGGGAGAUGGAGGUGGAGAAGGCGGCGGAGUUGAGACGAAGGAGGAGAAGAUGGAGACGAGCGAGCCAGCAGCAGCUGCCUUUCCCCCCACCUUCAGUGUGUCCGAAAUCAAGAACAAACAGCGAAGACAUCUCAUGUUCAUGAAACUCAAGCAGGAGAAGAGAAAGCAAAAGAUGCAGCUGAAGAAAAAGAAGAAAAAAGAAAGGGACGCUUUAGGCGACAAGGCACCACCAAAAGAGGUCCCAAAGACGAUAGAAAACCAGAGGGUGUACGACGAGACAACAGUUGACCCAGAAGAUGAAGAGAUUGCAUUUGACGAGGGAACUGAUGAAUUUUCCGCCUACUUUAACGGGCUGACAAACCCCAAAGUGCUCAUCACAACAUCAGACAGACCGAGAGGGAGGACUGUGAGGUUUUGUGAGCAGCUGGCCACAGUAAUCCCGAAUGCGCACGUGUACUACAGAAGAGGUUUGGCCCUGAAGAGGGUCAUUCCUCAGUGUGUCGCCAGGAACUUCACCUACCUCAUGGUCAUCAACGAGGAUCGGAAAGUGCCCAAUGGUUUGGUUCUUUGUCAUCUACCUGAAGGGCCGACUGCACACUUCAAGGUCAGCAGUGUUCGACUACGCAAGGAGAUGAAGAGACGGGGCAAAGAUCCAACGGAGCACUCUCCGGAGGUGAUCCUCAACAACUUCACCACACGUCUGGGCCACAGCCUCGGCCGGCUGUUCGCUGCUCUCUUUCCACAAGACCCGCAGUUUGUGGGUCGACAGGUUGCCACCUUCCACAACCAGAGAGACUUCAUCUUUUUCAGAUUUCACAGGUAUAUCUUCAAGAACGAGAAGAAAGUUGGUAUUCAGGAGCUGGGACCUCGCUUCACCCUCAAACUCCGCUCUCUACAGAAAGGCACCUUUGACUCAAAGUUUGGAGAGUAUGAGUGGGUCCAUAAGCGCCAUGAGAUGGAUGCCUGCAGGCGGAAGUUCCACCUUUGAAUACAAAAUAACAACCAGCUUUUGUGCUCAGGCAAGGACGACCUCGUUUAUCAUCCAGCAUAUUACUCAUGUUUAUGCCUUUGCACAAAUGGACUUUGUAGUGGAUAUCCAGAUUCUCUGUGGACUCAGUUAACGUUUGUCCUCUCACCAUGAUGAGGUUAACUGAUGAGUGGAUUUUAUGAGAUCACGUCUCUGUAGAUUCACGUUCAUGCUGAAAAUGACCUCUCUAAAGUUGCAUCUGUACUGCAUUCUGCAGACCAAAUGUGGGACAGGAGCCUGUAGCUCCAGGCAAGGACUUCUGCCCUCUCUGUUAGUAUGGAGACACCAGAGAGGACAUGCAGACUCUCCAUGUGAAUCCCAGUAACCUGAAAAUUCUGAUUUGCAAGUGUAUGUAAUUGUAUUGGCAGAUGUGCAGUUUCUAAACAAUAUUAUCUCCACAAGAGGGAGCUGUUGUAAGCUUGCCCUUGUCAGAGCAUGAAGACGUGCACGUUACAUCCUGGUAAUGACACAAAGAGCAGUGAACAGUGUCUGGAAUUGUGUCUAGAGUGCAGCUGUUGUUGGACGUGACAACACUUCAGAAAAUUAAUGGAUGACAGAGUACACAGAUUUCUAAAUGUAUAUACUCAUUUUAAUAAAACAUGUCAGCGAGUUUAAAA